UGACUGAAGUCAUGGAGGGGAACAAAGAUGAGGCUUUGAGGUCUGUCAAGCUUGCACAAGCUGCACUUGCAUCUGGAGAUAGACAGCGGGCAGAAAAAUUCAUUCGAAUUGCCCAAAGAUUGGAUCCUAGCCUUCCGAUUGUUGAUUUGUUGACCACAACCAAGAAGUUUGAUCCGCUGGCUUCUCAUGACAAGACCAGAAGAGGUGGAGUUUGUGAAAACCAAAAAACUCCAAAAGAAUGCGCCGGUCCUUCUAGUGCUGAAAAGGGUUACAGCGAGGAGAAUGUUAGAGUGGUCCGUGAUAUCAGGAAGAAGAAGGACUACUAUGCAAUUCUUGGAGUGGAGAGGAGUUGCUCUUUGGAGGAGAUUAGGAAGGCCUACAGAAGGUUAUCGCUGAAAAUUCAUCCUGACAAGAACAAGGCCCCUGGGGCAGAAGAUGCAUUCAAGAUGGUCAGCAAGGCUUUCAAGUGCCUAGGCAAUGAUCAGUCACGGAAGACCUAUGAUCAGACAGGUGCCCUUGAGGGCCAUGAGUUUAACGACCAAUAUUCCAAUGUCACUAGGCAGAGAACUGCUAGGCGAAGGAGGCAACCAAGAAAUGGCUUCUAUAACUAUGAAGAAGAUCCAGAUCCAGAUGAGAUAUUCAGGUCUUUCUUCUAUGGUAACCAGUACCAUGAUAAUUCGUUCCGUGCUCACAAUGCCAACAGAGCAAGAGGAGCAGCUAGGCAGGAGCAGCAGAGAAGGGAGCAUCCAGUACAGGGUGGGUCAGUCAUGAACUUAACAAUACUGGUGCACGUUGGUGUGUUAUUACUUUUUGUUUUGUUGGCAUUCAUUCCAGUAUGGCAGCCUGAGUAUGCCCUGCAGAAGACAUACAACUAUCCAAUAUCAACAGUCACAGAAAAGCAUGGGGUAGAGUACUUUGUCAGCAAACAGGAUUUUGAUCUGCGGUUUCCACAAGGAAGUCUUUCUAGAGAUAACCUGGAGGAACAAGUUUUCAGAGAUUAUAGGUCUAUGCUAGGAAGAAACUGCCGUGUAGAACUCCACCGACGUAAAUGGGCCAAGAACUACCCUACACCUCACUGUGACAAGCUACAGAGCCUUUCUGUGCAAUAAUAUAGUGUCCACAUGGUGAUCAGUUUGUUCUUCCCUU